CACAGUUAAAGGGAAGGUGAUUUAAUAUCAGCAGUGGUGGCCUACCUGCAAAUCUAAUGAAAUUAAAUGUAAAACGUAGAAGGGCAUCGGAGGUUUGAAGUCACACUAAGUCGAAAUCGAGUAGAGACAACAGUCCCUGUUCACAGACCCAUGGUAAAGUGGGCGUCAGGGAGCAGACGUUACCUGCCAUGGCCAGUGUGGAGGAACCGCCAGAGAAGCACUGCUGGGUGUGCUUUGCAACGGAGCGUGAGGACCGUGGUGCAGAAUGGGUGAGUCCCUGUCGCUGCCGCGGUUGCACCAAGUGGAUCCACCAGGCAUGCCUGCAGCGCUGGCUCGACGAGAAGCAGAAGGGGAAUGGAGCUGGGGCCGUGAGCUGCCCUCAGUGUGGUACCGAGUACCGCAUUGUUUUCCCCAAAAUGGGGCCCCUGGUCUAUUUCCUACAGCAGGUGGACCGCGCCUUGUCCAGGGCAAGCCCCUUCGCAGCUGCUGGCGUUGUUGUGGGCACAGUCUACUGGUCUGCGGUCACCUAUGGAGCAGUAACAGUGAUGCAGGUGGUUGGUCAUAAGAAGGGGCUGGAUGUGAUGGAGCGGGCAGACCCGCUCUUCCUGCUCAUGGGCCUGCCCACCAUACCGGUCAUGCUGGUGCUGGGCAAGAUGAUCCGCUGGGAGGACUACGUGGUGCGGCUGUGGCAGAAGCACUCUACCAAGCUACAGCUGAUCAGUGGCUUUGUGCCCGGGAUUGGACGGCCAUUGCCACGCGUUCCUGCUGAUGGAGGUUACAGCAGUGACCACCUGUCAGUGUCACGCACACUGUGUGGUGCCCUCAUCUUCCCCACCAUUGCCAGCCUCGUGGGCCGCCUCAUGUUCCGCAGGGUCUCCUCCAGCCUACAGCGCACUGUCCUGGGUGGUAUUGCCUUCGUCAUCAUCAAGGGCGUGCUGAAGGUGUACUUCAAGCAACAGCAGUACCUCAUCCAGGCCAACCGGCAUAUCCUCAACUACCCAGAGUUGGACAACACAGAUGGACCCCAGGACGAGGACAACGAGGACAGCGGCAAUGAGUGACAAUAAAAGAUGUUCCAGGCCUUUGUUGUGGGAAUAUCACUUCCCUUUGAUGCCUCAACAUCUACUUACACUCCCCUUUUCUCACACUUAAGUCAAACUUUUUGCUUUGUAACCUCGUCACUGUUUUUAUUUGGCUUUUUUCCUGUGGAGAAAUGCUCUGGAGAAGUGCCAACAGUUAUGCAUGUGGACUCAUUUUGUCUUUGUUGUAUUACAGUAAAAACUAGGAGGGUAAGUCAAAAAGUAACCAUGAUAAUGUUUUAAAUUUGUGUGAUAUUUGCUUCUCUUUGGAUGCACAUUGACUCUUCAAAGUAGUGUCCAUCUUCUUAUGCGUAUUUUUUAAAGUACAAACUCAAUGUAGCUUUAUGGUUGUUGUGCAUGUGAAGUUGGACUAACUGGUCAGGACUAACCAGCUGUAGGUACAAAAACACUAUGCAAACCUUCACAUAUAGUACCAGUGUAAAGUGCAAAGGAUGAAUUGGAUUGAAGAUUGAAAGCAGAGUGAUACACGCAUGUCCUACAUCUCUGGGAGCUACUGCAGAAGAGCUGGGAAGACAUGGUACCUCCUUUUCUCAUGAAAUUCUUUUACCAGAUGCUUUUGUGGAAACAAGGUUGUGCCCAGCAACUGGACUUAUGGUUUACAGUGAUACUGUACAUUGAAACUAAUUUAAAAACACUGAAAAUAAAAAAAAUAUUCUCCCCACAAACUAAAAUUAAGUAUAGCUUGUCGAUUAAUUAAUCCAAUAAUUGUGUACUUCCUGAGAACUGUGAUAGGUUGUAGGCCUGCUGUGUACUAUUUCUUCCAGUAGGUGUCAUUAAAGAUUUAGUGUGAAGGUGGAGACUCAUGUAUUCAAAUUAAGUCCAUAAAAUAACAAUCAUUUUUUGACAGAAAUGUUAACUCUUUAGUAUUGUUGUUAAACUAAACUGUGCAGUACGUGUCAGUGGCAAAUGCUUCUACAUAAAACAAUUAAGAUCAAUGUGUGUAAUUCUGAGCACUUUUUGCAGAAUGUAAAACAACUCAGAAUAAAAUAAUAAAACAGUUGCAUUAAAUCCAUGGCAGAACUCUCAGGAAUAAAGAAUUAAUACAUGUGUACUUUCCUCAUAGAAUGCCACUUCUGUUUACUGGAUCCAAAAAAUUGACAUGCAUAUCGGAUCUGUUAGCCAUGAUGAGGGAAUUAUGGAGGCAAAAGAUUUAGGGCCAACAGUGCCAAUUUAUUCUGAUGAGAAAGGAUAGCAGCUUGAAUCAACAGUGUGAUGUAAAUCACAUGUGAGAUAAAUUAUUUGCACCUACGAUGUAAUGAACUGGAAUGAACUCUGUGUUCAGAUUGGAGCAAAUUAAGGGGCUAUCGAAGCAAUACAGACAGAAAUGAAAUGCCAAGUGGCAUUUUGUUGAGGUUAUAACUCUGUUACUAUGAUAUUAUCCUCUCAAUGUAUUUGUCUUUGCUUGUACUCCAGAAACACAUUGUCCCCCUUUGCAGUGAGUUUUAUCUUGAUGUUGCCUAGGGGUGACUUGUACCUGCAUUGUACUGUAGAAAAGGUGUUGAUGGUGUAGGACAACAUGCAAGAUAAGUCAUUAUUUUGAUAGAACACUGGUCGAGACUCAAAGGUUUGCUCAGUCUGUUUAUGACUUUGAAUCGGAGAGAAAAGGCAGGAAAUUAAUUUCUGUUGGUUGUGGACUAUGUGUCACCCCUCUGGAGUAUUGGUGCUUUUACGUUUGACAGAUUGAUCUAUUUGCAAGUCUAAUGAAGCAUGAAUACUGCUGGACCUCGAACGGAUAUGAGGCAAAUAUGCGCUAAGUACCACACCUCAGCUCUCCUGGGGUGGGGUGCAGAGCUUAUAGGCUGAUUAUAGAUGCCUCUGGAGAAAACCGGUGUUGCUGAUUCGGACCAUGCUGCUUGAUGGCGGCUCAGGGACAAGAAUGGCACAUGCCUACAGUGACCUUGUCCCCUGCAGUUGAAGUGCUGGACAUCAGGUUCUCGUGACAAGUUUAAGUGUAUGACAAAUGUCUUGGAAGAGUUUAGAAGCUGAGAUGAAAUAGUUGCCACAUGUUACAUUUACAUUAUUU